AACCGGCGUCUCGUAUUAUCUGUGUCCUACUGGCUUCUGUACUUCUGUAGUUUUGUACUAAUCUGUCACAUCAUUGAUGAAUGAUGAUCGUCAUCGCACUAAUGUAAAUACCUGUGUAUAGGUGUUUAGUAUUUUGAUUUUAUUCGUCUUAAUUCUCAACGCGUCAUACCGCAAUAAUUAAACAUGAAUAGCGGCAUGCUAUAUGGUGGAGACGAAAUUGGGGCUUUGGUGUUCGACUUGGGGUCACAAUCGUUUCGUAUCGGUUAUGCCCAAGAAGACACACCAAAAGCAGAAAUACCUGCAGUGGUCGGUGUCUCGAGCGAUGGUACAGCGGACACUAGUAUGUUAGAACCUGGUGCUAAACAAAGCAAUCGCAUCAACGAAAACACCAAACAUUUCAUUGACAUUAACUCAUUGUGUGUCCCUCGAAAAGGUAUGGAAGUAGUAAGCUAUAUGAAAGAUGGCAUGAUCGACGAUUGGGAUUUGUUUGAGAAAAUAUUGGAUUACUCUUACUCAAAGUGCUUGCAAACAGAAUCACAGUAUCAUCCGGUAUUAUUUACCGAGUCGCCAUUGAAUAUCAGAUCUAAAAGAGAAAAAUUGGUUGAAUUAAUGUUUGAAAAAUAUAAUGUGCCGGCCACUUUUCUGGGAAAAAAUGCUGUAUUAGCUGCAUUCUCUUGUGGUCGCUCUACUGGUAUUGUGGUAGACAGCGGAGCAACACAUACUUCUGCUAUCCCUGUACAUGAUGGUUAUGUUAUACCUAGUGCUAUUGUCAAAUCUCCUUUAGGUGGAGACUUCAUUAGUAUGCAAUGUAGACAGUUCCUAAAAGAUAAUGAAAUUGAAGUGGUCCCACAUUAUAUGGUUGCACAGAAAGAACAGGUUAAAGAAAAAGAAAAGCCAAUAUGGACUAAGAAACAUACCCUCCCCGAAGUAACAACUUCAUGGCAUAAUUAUAUGUGCAAAGCAGUUAUUCAAGAUUUAAAGCAUUCUAUAUUGCAAGUAUCUGAAGGUCCAUAUGAUGAGAGAAUAAUAUCGGCUCUUCCGACUUCUCAUUUUGAGUUUCCUAAUGGCUACAAUCAAGAAUUUGGCAACGAAAGAUUCAAAAUACCAGAAGCCUUAUUUGAUCCAAGUGCUAGUAUGGGUGGUUCUAUGUUGGGCGUGAGUCAUAUUGUUACCACUAGUGUUGGAAUGUGUGAUGUGGAUGUAAGGCCAGCCUUAUAUAAUAAUGUUAUUGUCACUGGAGGAAAUUCGUUUUUACAAGGUUUCCCAGAAAGAUUAAACCGAGAUCUUUCUGCUCGUAUACCAGCUAGCAUGAGAUUGAAAUUGAUAGCACCUAAUGGAUCCACUGAAAGAAGAUUUGGUGCUUGGAUUGGAGGUUCAAUAUUAGCAUCUAUUGGAACUUUUCAACAAAUGUGGAUCAGCCAUCAAGAGUUUAAAGAAGGAGGAAAAAGUCAAAUUGAUCGCAAGUGCCCAUAAUAGAUUAUUAUUUUAUAUAAUGAAAUUUUUAUACAUUUACUUGUAGUUUUAUAGUAUGUAUUUUAUAUUUUUUCUUUGUAUGAUAUUGGAUGUCUUAUCUGAGGAUUACACUAUCCUUAAGUUAUUUAUGAUAAACAAAUCGAAUCUAAAUUUAAUGUUUAUAUCUAAAGACCUCAUCUGAUGCGUUUAACAAAAAAAAAAAAUGUAAUAUUUUUUUAUUAUUCUGUGUAUUACAUGUGUAUAUAUGUACAAUAUAUAAUGUUUAAAACUAAAAUUGUUAUGGACAUACAUCAUAGGUAUCCAUUUUUCAUCAGGAUAACAAAUGUAUUUACAUUUUUCUUUUAUUAGACUUAUAUCAACUUUUGUUUUAACAGUAUAUUUUCAUUUCAAUUUUGACACUGCUUACAGUUUAAAUAAUUAAAUAUGUUCACACAUUUAACUAUAACAUUUUCUUUUCAAUUCUUAAGUGAAUUUUGUUAUAGAUAAAAUUUAUUAUACUGUAGGACCGCCAAUUGAUAAACAAAUUGAGUCUCAAAUUCACAUUUUAUAUUUUUAUGUUGUAGACAUCAAUAAAUCAUUGAAUAAAUAUGUUUAAUCAAUGUAAAUGUAAAAAAAAAUUAAAUCAAAUAUUUUUAUAUUUUUUUAAGUACAUCAAACAAUAAUAAAUAAUUUACA